AGCCCCGUGGCGGCCCAUGAAACGGAUAAACUGUGUCCAGCACCAGCAGUAAACAACACGGAACACGCGGCGGGAGGUGGAAUGUGCUUCUCUUUCAAGUCGGUUAAUGCUGCAGAAAGUGGCUGAUUGUUGAGUACCCACUAGCAAAGGCAGGGCAUCACAAACCGUUGUCUGUAGCCUAGAUACCUGGGGAGACACCGCACCACCACCCCCACAGGAGCUGCGUGAAGACAUCCAUUCCAGACUGAAUGUUGCAGGAGGAAGCCAGUCAAGAGUAACCUGUGCUCUAAGAGACUGGCAAGAUGGCAAAACAUGCUUGUGAACUGAGCUUUCUCUCCCGCUCUGACGGAUCUGCACUGUAUUCAAUCGGCUUGACAGUUGCCCUGGCCUCGGUAAAUGGACCUGGAGAUGUGAAGGUGUCCAACCGCCUGUACAACCGUGCCCACCUGGAAGUGUGCUACAGCCCAACCACCGGCCACUCGAUGAUUCGGGAGCGUGCACUGGAGUCCCUCAUCAUGCACACAGUAGAACAGGCAAUACUGGUCCACCUCCACCCCAGGACAGCCAUCAAUGUCACCAUUCAGGAGAUGCAGUCUGAUGGCUCAGCCCUGUCAACCAGCAUCAAUGCAGCCUGCAUGGCAUUACUGGAUGCAGGGAUACAGAUGAAGGCGACCUUUGCUGCUGUAACUUGUUGCAUCACGCCCUAUGGCACCAUCCUCAUUGAUCCCACAGAGGCAGAGAUACAGGAGAGUGUAGCAGAGGCAACCUUCGUGUUUGAUGGCAGCGGUGAGGGCAGUGUGUUGACGGCACACCAGGAUGGCCAGCUCAGCUAUGAGGACUUCAAAAGGUGUCUUAAACAGUGUCAGGAGGCCUCCAAGGAUGUGUUUGCCUUCUACCGAAGAGUUAUAGAGAACAAAUAUCAAAAUGAACCAGAAAGUUGAGUGUAUUGCAAUCUAGUAAUAAUAGUUAAUCAACAUUAUUUUUGUUUUGCAGCACUUUUAAAAGUGUGAAUAUGUAAAGCGGAUAUUCAGUAUGGAUAAUGUUGUCAAUCUGGUCAUUGAAUCACUUUAGCUAGAUUGGACAGUUUAUGUAUGUUUACAUUCUACACAUUUUUUACUGUAUGGAUUUUGUUCAUGUGGAAACAGUGAAAUGUCUUUUUGCAGAAAUUAUACUGUUUACAUUUUUAUA